AUGCGGUCGCCAGCUCUGCCGACUUUUGCGGGCGGGCUCGCACGACGACAGCUGUCCUCGGCUCCGAGAGCCGCCCCCGUGGCCAGCAGCCUGGUCGCCCGGACGCGAGGCUACGCCACGCCCAACGGACCGCCGCCCGCGAACUUCCGAACGAGCAGGCGCGUCGAGUGGCCCUGGGACAAGGAGCGCACGUCGGACCGGCUGGGCAGGUACUUUCUCCUGACGGAGAUGGCGCGCGGGAUGUACGUCCUGAUGGAGCAGUUCUUCAGGCCGCCAUAUACCAUCUACUAUCCGUUUGAAAAGGGUCCCAUCUCGCCCCGGUUCCGCGGGGAGCACGCCCUGAGACGGUAUCCCUCGGGCGAAGAGCGAUGUAUUGCCUGCAAGCUGUGCGAAGCGAUCUGCCCGGCCCAGGCUAUUACUAUCGAAGCCGAGGAGCGUGCCGACGGCUCCCGGCGGACGACCCGCUACGACAUCGACAUGACCAAGUGCAUCUACUGCGGAUUCUGCCAGGAAUCCUGCCCUGUCGACGCGAUUGUGGAGAGCCCCAACGCCGAGUAUGCCACCGAGACGCGAGAGGAGCUGCUGUACAACAAGGAGAAGCUGCUGGCCAACGGAGACAAGUGGGAGCCGGAGCUGGCGGCUGCCAUUCGCGCCGAUGCUCCGUACCGAUAG